AGCUAUACUAUAUAUGGUCUGUGGUAAUGUUUUACUGUAGCAGAUUGUCCUGAGCAAUGUCAAAUUGGUGUUUUUCCUACUCAGUUCGGCUCUAUGGUUGGAGACUAAUGUUACAUUCAGGAUCGCCUCAGGUCAGUACAGUAUUUCUGGCUCCACUAAAUGUUUUUAGACUGCGAGUCACUCAAUUUCCACAACGCAGACAACUGCAUAGUGAUUAAAUAGACAGUAAGAAUACUGUAUUAAAAGUGUGUUCAGCUGACAGAAUGGUUACGAGGUGUGCGCCGUCUUCAUAACCAGACGUUAAUUUGGAAAGUUAACUGACGUCCUCGUGCUAGACAAUACAGUAUACAGAAUUGUAUUUUUGAGGAAGAGUGUUGCCAUUCAUUACCGAAUUCGUGUUAUGUAAGCGUGAUAACUUGUCGUAGCCUAAUCACUGGUAAGAAACGAGUUAAAAAGCCUUCGUUGAGAUUUACUCGUUUUUUAUAGUUAUUUGUCUGUAAAGGGGCGCUAACGCUCACAAUAGCUGUCACCUGCAGACGAAACGUAGCAACUUGCAAGCUAGCUAAUUAAGAAAGUCAUUGUCGCCAUUUUCUUUUCUGUCAGUGCAUUCAGGCCAUUUUUUUAAGGAUGGAAAAAGAUCGACGUUUCAACUUCAAGCUUCUGGUGCCACCCAGGGUGAAUAACAACCAGGUGUCUGCUGUUAAACCCCAAGAAACUGUCGAUAAUGGAGCUGAGCUGGGACCCAGUAAAUAUUUUGCCAAAGACCAAAGCAAGCCUUUCCUGAAUAAAAAUGUUGUUGCACCAACUAAACCAACCAGACAAGAUGCCCUCAAGAUGAAAGUGGCCCCAACAGAAAAAGAGAGAGAAUGCAGUCCCGGGCUGCUUUAUUCCAAAAUAUUUGACGAAGUGGAGAAAAUCAAGUGCUGGAAAGCCAAAGUAGACUGUGUUGCUGUGCAAAGCGAGAGGAAACUUCAAGAGAACAAAAGAACAAUUGACAGUCAGCGCAAUGCCAUUAAAGAGCUGCAGUUUGAAAAUGAAAGUCUCAGCAUCAAGCUUGAAGAGCAGAUAAGUGAAAAUGAGGAUUUGACGAACAAAAACAACGCAACGCGCAACUUGUGUAAUAUACUCAAGGAAACGUUUGAGCGGUCAGCUGAUAAAAUGCAAAUACUUGAAUCUGAAAGAGAGGAAACCCAUCACCUACUAAUGGAAAAUAGUAACAGUGUUCAGAAAUUGAUUGCAGCAUUUGAUCACCUUCGCAGUCAAGCUGAAGCUGAUCAGAAAGAGUUGCAGACAGUCAAAGAGGCCGUGCUGCAAUUUGAAGCUCUCAAAGAGAAGUAUCAGCAAGAACACGCCAUGAAAGAGAAAGAAGUGCUGACAUUCAAAACUAAUCUUCAAGAUAAAGAAGGUGAACUAAAAAAGGUCCAGUGUGACCUCCAUGAUGCUCAAGAUCAAUACAAACUACUUCAACAGGCAACAAAUCAACAGAGUGAAGAUCUCAAAAAUUUAAAAAUGGAGCAGGAGUCCCUUCGUGAAAAACUGCACUCAGCGGAGCAGUGUUGUAAAGAUAUUGAGACAAAUCGGAAAGCUAUUGCUGCUAUGCUGGAAGAGAGCAAAGAGGAAUACGCACAGGUUGUCAGCAGCAAAGAUUUAAGUUUGCAGGAGCUUUGCAGGGUUAAAAAUGAACAAGCUGAGAAGCUUGAACGAGUUCAGGCAAUCGUUCUGGAGCUGCAGAAUGCAUUAGCGUUUGAGGAGCAGAGGUCUAAGGAAUGUGAGGCAAAGCUUAUGGUAAACAACAAGGAACUGGAAAGGAGUAAAUUACUUUUAGCAGAGACCAAAGAGCAAAGUGCAAGAAAAGAUGAGCAGAUCAGAAUCCUUGAGAGUGAAUUGGACAAAAGCAUGACAUCUAUGGAGCUCAUGAAAGGAAAAACUGAUGUUCUUGAGGUCACAGUGAACCAACUCCAAAUGGAGCUUUCAGCAAAAGCCCAAACAGCACAGCUCAGCAUGAGUAAAGCAGAGAUGACAUUUGCAGAAAAUGAGCGACUGAGGAAAGCAUGUGAAGCUGCUGAAAAGGCAGAAGAAGCUUCAAUGGAGAAGUGCAGUGUCAUGGAGAGCCAGUUAGGUGAGCUGAAGGAACAAUUGUUCAAUGAAAUGAAGAAAACUGAAGAAUGCAGCAUUGUAAUGUUGCAACUCAAGGAAGAACUCCCACAGUAUCAAACCAAGUAUGAAGAACUGCUGUCUAACUUUAAUGAUGUUCAGAAUGAGAAGAAGGCUGUUGAGCAGCAGUUUGAGGACAGAACUUCUAAUGUGAAAGCUAUGGAAGCAAACCUAAAGGUGAGCGAAGAGAAAGCCGUGAAGCUUACAAAGCAUGUUCAGAGACUGGAAGUGGAAAACCAGCAAUUAAGAGAGGAAGUCCUGGCUAUUCCAACCCUAAUCAAAGCACAAUGUGAAGAAAAAUUGACAACGUUGCAGAAGAACAUGGAGGACAAUUGUGAGCAUUUGCAGAAGAAACUGACAAAAUCAGAAAGCCAGGUCAAAGCUGCAGAGGCAAAGCUCUCUAAUCUCAGGAAGAAAAUUGGAACUAACCACAAAGCCCAAGGCGAAUACCAGAAAGAGAUUAAAAUGCUAAAGAAACAAAUGGCAAAAGAGAUUGAGAAAUCUAGUCAACUCGAAAAUAAGGUGAACAGUCUGCGCAAGGAGUCACAGAACCUCAAAAGACAGCAUGAGGAAAAGCAUCAGAAGCUCCUCAAAGAUUUUAAAUCAACAUCAUCAGUUGCGGCAGAUCUUGACAAUGAGAUACUAAAGCUCAGAUCAACAACAGCUGAGGCCAUCAAGAGCAAAGAGGAUGCAGAACUGAAGUGUCAACACAAGACAGCAGAUAUGGUCGCACUGAUGGAAAAACACAAAAGCCAGUAUGACCGCAUGGUAGAAGAAAAGGAUGCAGAGCUUGACGUGAUAAAGAAGCGAGAGAUGGAGGCAGUUGCUUGCAGAAAGUCGUUGGAGUUGGAUGUCUCCAAACUUAAGAUUGAAAAUGGUCAAUUAAAGAAGCAGCUGAUGACAGAAAAGGGUAACUUUCAAAAGGAUUUAAGUGAUCUGAGGAAAGAAUUGUCAUCACUCAAGUUCUCUUGGCUGUCUGAAGAAAAGAACAAGAAGGCAAGUGCCUUCAACACGAAUGAAGGGAGAUGUGCGGACACACCAAGAAGCACCUCUUCAAAGAUGAAUGUGUUUGACUUCUCCAAGGAAUCUGACACUGGAUCUAUUGGAAAGACAAAUGGCACAACACCACAGAACAAGGAAAUGCGCCGUGAGGACUUGACUGCCCCAGAAAGUGCAGCGAGCAGAGUUAGCAGAACUUCAAAGAUCAAAACCUAUAGAAUAAGGACGCCCCCUAGUAUCGGGAAGUUAGCAAGCUUGGAGAAGAGAACCAUCGAGCUGGAGUCCGACAGCUCUGAUCCAAACAACCUUUGGACCUGGGCAAGCACGUCAGAAUCCUGUUUUCCUGGCCUCCUCUCGAAAUGUAACAAAAAGAGCCCUGCUCAGAAGUCACCAGGAAACGCUCUGAAGUUAGCAGCCAUGAAGAGGAUGCGAGACGCUGGUUGGACCGCCGUUGUUGGCUGCGACAAAAAGAAGAAAAUGACUCAUGAGAAAAUCUUUGCAUAAGUAGCGCUUUUGCUCAUCUUAACUAGAAAAAGAGGCCACAGACUAGGUUUCAAUUUCAUAUUGCAACUUCAAUAACAGCACAGCACAUGACAGUAUAAAAUAUAGUUGUGGUUGUAUUUAGUCAGAGUUGUGGUCUAGUAGCAGUCAUACAGUAGUGUGGUAUUGUCAUUGGAGUCAGACAAGUAGAUGUAGUGUAUGGAUAGUCGUAAAAGUGUAGCAUUAAGAUAUAUACUUUAAUAGCAUUGGUGCUGUGGCAGUUUUUGUGUAAGUAAUAGUAGUAGUAAUAGUUUGUUCAGUGUAGUAAUAAUUUUGGUUGUAGUAGUAGGGGUCAUAGUGUAAUAGAGUCAUAUUAGUGUAUCAGUAGUUAAGAGUAUUUUUAACUACAGUAAUUGAUACUGUUACGGUUUAAUGUUUACAUGCACUUUCAUAUGUUUGACAAUAAAAUGUACAAGCAAUGUUCAAAUUACUUUAGAUUGUCCAUUUAAUCUUUAAUCUGAAAUGUCAUGGGUGAAUUCCUGGAAUUUUCGGAAUUCUUAGGGAAAAAAAUUUGCGCAACUGAAAUUGGUCAAAUGGGAUUCUUGUUGUUUCCAGUGUGGUUGGAGGUCCAUUGUCGCAGACUGGAUCACCAUCAUAAGGUUCCUCAGAAAUAAUGACCAGUGUGCCACUGUCUGCUAAGAAUGCAUCUGCUGGCAGAGUAAAUUAUGUAUUCAACAUGUAAUAAAACGUUUAACGUUUGUACUGGUUUUCAAUAUGAAUUCCGUACCAGUGUCAAGUUGUGAAGAAGCUGAUGCAAGUACUGGAAUCUACAUUGGCAUCUGUGGAACAUGGACACCAAUAGCAGAGCAAACACAUUCAGCACAAUACGGAAGACUUUUAUAUGUUAUAACAUAUUAUAUGUUCUCUCUGAGUUGUUUAGUUCCAAACUUGUUAGGGCAACAAAAAGGGACAAUUACAGUCAAUCAAAUAAAAACAUCUAGACCAGAGCUUUACCUUGAGUGGUUGUGUUGCAACUGCCAAACAAAUUUGCAGCUGUAAUUACCUAAGAGGUGGUGCUGUAGCCAACUGUCGUCUGGCCUACUACAGUGCCAAUAAAAGCUGACUACUGGCUGCCAGGUGCUGUGCUCAUCAUUGACGUUUUAUAUUUAAUGGCGCACUUGUCAUAGUUAUUGACUGAGAGACUCGGAGGAUGCUGUGAUCUUUGGCCCUGGAGUGAGUUCUGUAAGGUUUUCAUUGGAAUUGUAUGCAAAUGAAGUUGAAUUCUCAGGCAGGCUUGAGGCAACAGUGAAGUUAAAUUAAGACUUUUGAAGUGUGUGUUGUCUUUAUACUUGCUGAGAAGGAAAUGAGCAAAGAUGACAUCCAUGCCUGCUGCUCCAUGCCCUGGGAAGUAAUAAAUACAGUACAUGCAAAGCCAAAUUAAUGCUGAAAAGAUAUAUUUGAGAUAAAAGAUAAUAAUCUUCCUACCUGCUGUCUUUGUUGCACUAUAAUAGAAACCUGAUUUCUCCACUUCCUUCUUCCUUCUUCCUUGGAAAGGGCAGCUGGUCGUUCCUGUUGUCUUACUGGCACCGAGCAGGUAAAAGUGGGUGGGUAAAAGCUUUGUAAACUUCUCCUAUUGUGUGAUGUCAAGGAGAUUAACUAGUCAGGUGUUACUCAGAUUAAAUAUGAACCUUUUGUCUGAGGUGUUUACAGUGCAACAGAUCUUGAAUACAAAACAUUGUAAAAAGGCUAAAAAAAAAAAACAAUUUUUUUUUUAUUUAAAGACAAAGCUUUGUUUUAUUACAGUUUUUGCCAACUGCUUACACCCAAAUGAAUGCUUAGACCAAAGCUACAAAACCAAAACUUCUUGUAACAAUAGCUAAAACGCAAUGUGACGAUAGCUUAAACACGUUUUCUGCUUUGCACUUAGCUUGCAAUUUUUCAACACAGUUGUCGCAGAACAUUACACAGUUUUCUACAUUACACACUUAAAGAUAAAAUACCUUGUUAUCAUUGGAAAACCACUUUGAAUAAAAAUGCACACAUCUGCUAAUUGCAAUGGCAAUGGCAUUGGUAAUCUGCAAUGUGGGUCAGGUCCUUUGGCCAGAUCCAGACAGAAGUUGGGAUCCUAUAUUUAUGAAAUCCUCCCACGUUAAAUACUAGUAUAAACUACACUACUGUAAAUACUUAACUAAUACUAAACAAAAUUUAAAUUGUUUUGAUUUGUGUUUGGAAUUUGUACUGUACUGUACUCUAUCGUUCUUUAGGUAUUUGAAAGAAAUUUCAAAAAGGAAAUAAAACAUCUGUUGCUUAAUACUGUAACUUUCAGCUGUUGUUUGAGAAAAAUAAAUACAAAUAUUUUGACUUCAGUGUUUUGUGUAAAACACAUCAGUCUGUUGCUUUUUUUCAAAAUGGUGCAAAUAUGUAUCAUUUUGUUGCUAAAAUGACAGUUUUAGAAGGUGUUGUUGGGUUUUGAUUGUAGUGUUUCAUUUUUACAGAGCUGUGAGGUGUUUUACAACAAGUGUUGUGUCUUAUUUUGCUUGUGUAUAGCAGUUUGACACAGCGAGCCUAAUUUAACAAAAUGUGUGAAAGCAAUCAGCAAAAACUGUAUUAGUAUCAACAUUUCAGCUUCUUCUCUUUACAUUUCGCUUUUUGCUCAUUAUUCCCAUUUUUGCUGGGUUUUUUAGUUUAAUUUUAUUUCUACAGUGUGCUGCGGGACAAUAAAAAACAAGCUGUGGGCCACACUUUGAGCACCCCUGUCUUAAAGUUUGGUCACUUUCACAACAUCUUCCUUCGCCCAGUCAUGGUGUGCAAAUCCUGACUUGUUGGCCUCCGUGUGAAAGUGUGGUGAAUCCGUUUGUGCUUUCUCAGAUGCCUGUAGUGGGUUGGAAGGGCCAUGGACAGGUAAGAUACCCCUGCUUUUUCAUUUUUAAUUGUUUUGUUUAAAAAAUUAAAGCUCUGAUCUCUACCUUUGAUUUACUGUUCCAUCUGAAACACAUCAAGUCACUUUUCCUCACAAAGAGAUUGGAGUUCAGCUUCUUUUGCUUGCAGCCACCUAAAACAAGUAUGACUUAUUGUUGCUUCACUUAAGGUUUUGUGGUAGUGGUAGAUGGAUAGUACUUACCUGUGGCCGUGCUCACCAAGAGUCCACCCACGACUGUGGUCAGUACGCCCAGCAAAGAGAUGUAGAGGUAGGACAGAGAGUACAACGUGUCUGCUAAUGGAGGCCUAACCCUGGUAAACACACACACACACAGGAAGUCACAAUUUAUCAUAUGUAUUGUAUAGAUACAGUAGAGUGAUUACUGAAAACCAACACACUAAGCCGUAUGGAGAAAAAUAUUGUAAUACAGUCAGACCUCGGUUUUCGUGCGCCCCAGUUUUUAUAUGAUUACAUUUUUUUAUUUUUUUUGGUGCUUGAGAAAACCUUGCACGACCUCUUAUGACUCACUCAGGUUGCAGGGUCACUGGACUGGUCCAGGGAGCUACUGUUGUCGUGUUAUACUGGUGUGUGUUGUUGCAGCCCGCAGUGCUAACUGGCAGAGGGUUUGUCUUGGCAGUUGUUGGAGGGUAAAUCUGGCCUCCGAUCCCCACCCACAGAGUCAAGACCAGGCUGAGGAUCACUCCUGUAAGGCCUCCCUGCAGAGCCAAAAGGAUAGCGGUUACCAGUGGAACUUUCUCAGAGCUCACUGUUGCCUUGGUCCCGCUGUAUGCAGCAGCCACAAACAAACCAGGGAUUCCGGGGUAGGCUGCCAAAAUGUCCAUGACAAGGUGAAAAGUGACUGCAGAGUCACUGAAUGAGUUGUUACAUUUGCAACUGGGGUUACCUGAUCUGUGGUGUUGACGUCACCAUUUGUAAACGGGUCGCAGUUCUUGUAAAUGGAGUACAUGUGUUUUGCAGGAGAUGUAGCGCUGCACCUGGGACUGGUUGAUGGCGUAGAUUGACGCCCACAUCAUGCUUCCACCGAUUGUGAUGGUCCAGAAAGUAUGUCGCUUCAGUGGAUCGGGGUCAAAGCUAAGUGAGAUUUUUUUUUAAUUAAACAAAAGGAUUUAAAUGGUGACUGAGAUAACAUUUAAGUUAUAUACACUAUAAACAAAAUAUUUUUGUAAACUUACCAGUUGUAUACCAAACAAAAUAUCACAAGCAUGUAUAAGCUUAUACUGUAUGACGCCCUGCCCUGCCUUUCAUUAACCACCUAACAAGGUGUGAGCUUACUCAAACGCCUCUAGCCUGCCCCCCAGCCUGGCAUCUUCCCAAAUGUUGGCCAGGCCCCGCUGCACCACAGCCCCUCUCGCUAUUACAGCCACGAAACCCGUCAGCAUGAUCACCAUUUGCAGCACGUCGGUCCAAAUGACUGCUUUCAGGCCACCCUAUAGACAAUACCAGCAAAAAGGUAGUUUGAGCAGCAAGAUGCAAGUACAAACCCAUUUGAACAGACAUGUAAAAUGAGGUUUAAAGAUAUAAAACAUACAGUACAUUGUUUUGGCAAGGUAAUAAUAACACAGCUGAUGUGUGGAUUCAAAAAUGUGAUUGUGUUUUACCAACCAAAGUGCAGUAGAUGAUACACACUGACCCCGUAGCCACCAGCACUCCCCACAGGUCAAGUCCAGUAACUGAAUCAUAAGAAAGGCACAUGACCCUUGCUUAGUUUUGAGAAUAUGCCAUUAAGUAAUUAAGACUAUAUUUAGCCAUCACUUUUUUGUUUGUUUUGUUAGGGUCUCAGUCCUAUUUCCUGUUGCUUCCUUGUGUGUGUAGUUUGUGUAGGUAGGAGCUUCCUACUGUUUCGUGCAGUACUAUAUUCACUCUGUUUCUCUAGCCACUUAUCGCUCUCAACACUUGGCUGAAAGAGAAAUAGUUCCCAGUUAUUACUGUUGCUGCCUCGCCUUUCUUCAAGCCUUCUAGCAUUCUUCACCGCCCCAUCUCACCUGACGCUCUUUUAUAACUUUUUUAACUAUUCUUAUCUGAACGCAUCAACAGCAGUGCAAUCCAACACCAUAUAUGUAUCUUCAACUCCAAACAAACACGUCUCUAGUCCAGUCAUUGCAACAAUACUUCCUUAUUGUCACAAGACAGACCGCGAGGUGCGUUCACUGACUCUCCUAACAUCACAACAACGUCUUUAUUAUGCGUGUAUGGGUGGUCAAAAUCGACAUCAGUGCAAUGAAAUCAAAAAGUCAAUAUUCUUAUCACUCACUUUGUAACUCUUAAUGUGGAAGUACUUUAAUUAUACUGUAUGUUUUGUACGUUGAACCUUUGAAUAAAAUAUUUUUAAAAAACAUAUAAAUGUCAAAGCGGACCCCGCAUUCUUUGACUUUUCAAUAUGCGGCUCUCGGUAGAAAACGUUUGGACACCCCUGAUUUAGGUGGAGCUGCAUUACGCACAAAAACCAAAACAUAACACUUACAAUCCAAAGGCCAAACUUGGAAUUAACGCCACACCAUGGACAUACUGAAUUUGUUGCUCUGUUGAGUACUCCAUCACUCGUGCAUCGAUAUCAUUAUCAGUAGAAAAAACGAUACCGAUAUCAUCCGAUAUCUAAUUUUCAUGCCAAUUUAUGCCAUCCCUAGUCAAGAUCUGAAUAUAUUCUAGCUUUGUUGGAAAUAGAUUAGGAAAUAUAAUCGCUUCAAAAUUGUAUUCUUCGCCGACUUACUUUGAUUAAGUGCAAGAGCUGGAGCGUAGAUGACCAAGCCAGUAUACAGGGCCUGAUAAAAGAAGGUGCCAUUAGUUGAUUGGAUGGAAACAAAGCAAGCUUACAUUCACAUUCAUGUAGGAUGUCAUCUGCCAUUAAAGCAACAGGGAAAAAAAGACAGAUGCUGUCUGUCGUGCAAAUUUUUGCUAGUCUAAAUCCACAUUCUAAAAGAAGUCCUUUUUAAGUCACUGACCGUCUGCGAGAUGUACACUGAAGUCCCGAUUACUCGAAUGGUCCGGUUGAAACGCAACUCCAGGUACUAGAAAUGAAAGGAAUCAUAGUCUGGCAUCUUAAAGCAUUUAGCUCAGUCAUCCAUCCACAUUAUUUCUGAUUACUUAAUGUUACAUUUACAGAUUUGAUAAACAGCAAUGACUUUGUUGUACAGGUAUUAUUGUGUCUGAAGUAAAAUAAUAAAAUAAGCAGUAAAAUGAGUUUAGUUUUUUAAAUUGAGGCGACAAUGGUCUAACAUCUUUUACCUCAUAGGCACUGGUGAUCUGCAGUCUGUAAAAAAGGGGCACAAAGAUCUCGGCAGUGAGAGUGGACAUGAUGGCAUGGGAGAAGCCAAACAACCAGAAGGACGCCCCAUACAAGUAUGCCUCAGAAGGUGUGCCAAUGACAGUUAUGCCAGACAUGAAGCUGGCUGUUAGAGACAUCGCCACUGGUACCGCUGUCAUCUGCCGCCCUCCCAACAAGAACUCUUCGCUGCUGGUCUGCUUGCGGCCUCGGAUGGCCUGGAAGAGGCCAAUGCCUGCCGCUCCAAGGAUUGUCCCGGCAAACACCACAUAGUCCCAAACGGAGAAGGUGGCCACUGGACCACCUGUGCCAACCAUGGUUUGUUCAGCCGAAGAAAGUGCUGUGUGCGUUACACUUGGAGCUGCAGACAGUUGUACUUAUGGAAUAUCUCACAAGUCCAGUCGUGCAUGAAAAAGUGCUAUAAGACAAGCACACUUACAUUAAACAGCCAACAUCAAAAUAAAAUUGUAUUCCCAUUUGGUUUCCAGUCACAGUAGAGUGGGCAGCACUGCUUCACAUAGACGCCUCUCUGCCUAAUCAGCAGCUAACCUACUCCACCUGAAGUGUUCCAAAGACUAUAAAAAUCAUUUCCCUUUGUUAAUAAUCCAUCAAGGACACCCAAGUGCUGUGGUCAGCUGUCAUCUGAACGCAUUGUAUAAAUGCGUUAUUGCUCUCAGUGUCCUGAUAUAGCCUCUUUAUAGAAUGCCACAUUGAGACAUUUCCUGGAGUGGUCAAUGAACAGCUUUAGCUUGCUUACAACAGGGCGGUUAUCAAAGAAGGCAGGGCAAACAUAUGCAGCUGGCCAUUAUAUCAUGUCACAUAUGAUUAAAUAUUGCUCCUUUAGUCAUGUUGAAUCACCUUAAAUCAUCUCACAAAUGAUGUGUAAUAGAACAUUUCUUUGAACUCGGCAUUUUGAAAAAAUUACAAAUGGAACAGGAAAACUUGUUUAUUUAAAGGACCUUUGCGUCAUUACAACAUUAAUAUGUGCGGUAUUUGUUGAGGGUAGCCUUUUUAUGGGUGAUUUAAUUCAAUUGAUUUUUAAUGAGCUGAUCAGGUACACGCAUUUUUAAACUUUAACCAGCACCUGUUAAUGUUUGUUGACUGGCAUGCUGUAGCUUCAGCUAGUUUGCCAUGUGCAGGGUAUACUACAACAAUCACAUGUUUGUUCAUGUUUAUGGCACAGAACUAUACAAAAACAUGCCUUCCUAUGUUUAUAAUUUAGCUUAACUGGAUAGUAAAGAAACUGAAGUUUUAAGAGAAGCACAUGCUUGCAGGUAAGAACAAUCACACAUUAUCUUGGUCAGGGAGACUUUGACUAUCCUCGACAAUCAUUAAACAAACUCCUACAGAUAAGGACAUCUUAAGAGAUUAUAUGACAAUUUUUGUGUUUAUGAUUCUGAGUUUAUGUGCGUAAAUGUUCCCUGGUAUAUUUUAAGACCACUUUGUGGACUGUUUACAAUGUUGUUUUGUUUACUCCUACUUGUAAUGUUACAUAGUGUUUAUGAAGACACUUCUUCCCAGUUAACUGUUACACAAACGAGAGACUGAUUAGGAUAUCUUUGGAAAACACAGUGAAACUUGGUUUUAUAUUUGAGAGGCUCUUUAAGAAAUAUGCAAUCCUUCAAGCAAAAAGAAGGCUUAUGGGUGUUUUGUGAUGGUUGGACAUUUGAACAUGCGUUAACUCAUGAGAGUAAACAAUAAGUAAUUAAUGUCAUCACUUUAAUGGUCUCAUUUCUUGUGGUCUCAUUUUC